AUGCAUUGCCAAUCCUUACGCGUCCGGCCACUUAAUUAUAAUUCCGUGGCUACAAGUUCGGUACUGUCUAGAAGUCGCAGGGUCUUGAAAGUGAGUUGUGAGGCAGCCAGUGUUGAUGUACUUGAAAUGAACAAAAUCGAUAAUCAAGCUGAGAAGCAACUAACAUGUGUAAUGAAGUUCGGUGGUUCUUCGCUGGCCUCUGCCGAGAGGAUGAAAGAGGUAGCUGAACUUAUUCUUAGCUUUCCAAACGAGAGGCCUGUCAUUGUUCUUUCUGCCAUGGGAAAGACGACUAACAAACUUUUGCUGGCUGGAGAGAAGGCUGUUAGUUGUGGUGUUACUAAUGUAGACAGUAUUGAAGAGCUCAGUUUCAUAAAGGAAUUGCAUCUCCGGACUGUGAAGGAACUAGAAGUAGACAAGUCGAUUAUUGCAAAUCACUUGGAGGAAUUAGAGCAACUUUUGAAGGGAAUUGCUAUGAUGAAAGAGUUGACUCCACGCACAAGAGACUACCUUGUUUCAUUUGGGGAGUGCAUGUCUACGAGGAUUUUUGCAGCAUAUAUGAAUAAAAUCGGUGCAAAAGCUCGCCAAUAUGAUGCUUUCAAAAUUGGUUUUGUCACAACAGAUGACUUCACGAAUGCAGACAUUCUAGAAGCAACUUAUCCGGCUGUUGCACAGAGUUUGCAUGGAGAUUGGAUCAGUGAUCCUGCAAUUCCUAUUGUUACCGGCUUCCUUGGAAAGGGCUGGAGAUCUUGUGCUAUUACUACAUUAGGUCGUGGUGGUAGUGAUUUGACGGCCACAACCAUUGGAAAAGCAUUAGGUUUGCGAGAGAUUCAGGUGUGGAAGGAUGUUGAUGGUGUUUUGACAUGUGAUCCUAAUAUAUAUCCACGUGCUGAACCUGUGCCAUACUUGACAUUUGAUGAGGCAGCAGAACUAGCAUAUUUUGGUGCGCAGGUCUUGCAUCCACAAUCCAUGAGACCUGCUAGGGAGGGUGAUAUUCCUGUCAGGGUUAAGAAUUCUUACAAUCCAAAUGCUCCUGGAACUCUCAUCACCAGGGCACGAGAUAUGAGUAAGGCAGUGCUAACUAGCAUCGUUUUGAAACGGAAUGUUACUAUGUUGGAUAUUGUUAGCACCCGGAUGCUUGGCCAAUUUGGUUUUCUUGCUAAGGUGUUUUCAAUCUUUGAAGACUUAGGAAUAUCAGUGGAUGUUGUAGCUACUAGCGAAGUCAGUAUCUCCUUGACACUCGAUCCAUCAAAGCUUUGGAGUAGAGAACUGAUUCAGCAGGCAAGCGAACUCGACCAUGUUGUUGAAGAGCUCGAGAAAAUUGCUAUAGUCAAUCUCCUGCAGCAUAGGUCAAUAAUCUCUCUCAUUGGGAAUGUCCAGAGGUCCUCUCUGAUAUUAGAGAAGGUCUUCAAUGUUCUUCGUACCAAUGGAGUCAACGUUCAGAUGAUAUCACAGGGUGCCUCAAAGGUUAAUAUCUCAUUAAUUGUGAAUGACGAUGAAGCAGAGCAGUGUGUCAGGAGUCUUCACUCAUCUUUCUUUGAUUCUGAAGUAGAGUGGGAGUAUGUACCUGAUAAUGGUUCUGCCUCGACAUGA